AUGGUCACAACAAAGAGAAAUGCCGGCAAUGCGUCUGCAAACCCACGCCGACGACGCACGAGGAAGACCAGGACACUUGCCGUCUCGUCCGAUGACGACUCUUCCUCUUCUUCGGAUUCCUCUUCAGACUCCAGCAGCGACGAGUCAGUUGUAGAAAACUCACAGACACUGCCUGCCAAGACUGUGGCUGUAAGGACCAGGUCUGCUUCUUCGUCUUCUUCAUCCUCGUCUUCAUCCUCAUCCGGCUCGUCUUCCUCGUCGUCAGCAUCUUCGUCGGAAGACAGGUCAUCGAUAAGUGGCAACUCGUCUUCCUCCGUCUCUGAUGCAGACCUAUCUUAUCAGCGCCGACGAAGCACAAAAGGCCGCACAGCCUCGAUUGCCGACAGCCAAGACAUCGCGACCUCUUCGGGAAGCAACAAAAGACACCGCAUUGUCGAUGUGAAGACAUCCUCCCUUUCAUCUCGGAAGCCGUCCAGUCUCGAAAAAGACUCGGCAUCACAGCAGACACAAGCGCAAAAGCAAAGGCGACAGCAAGCUUUCCGUUCGCUUUGGCUCAAGGCUGUCGCAGACGAGUUUGGCGAUGAACUCGAUGCUAUUCGAACGCGCGAACCCACUCUUGGAGCAGAUGGCGGCACAAGGCUACCACUCUUCAUCGAUGCCCUUGCAGCCGGCUCCGAGCUCUUUACUUCAACCUCGUCCGAACAGCGCGGAGCCUCGCAGACAGUUGCAAGCUCGCGAACAACACUCGACGAAAUCACGCUCGCCUCCAAUCUGAGCAUGUCGAAAAAGUGA